GUACCCGGAGAGAACCCAUGCAUGCACAGGGAGAACAUGCAAACUCCAUGCAGAAAGGUGCCAAUACAGGAUUAGAACCCAGGACCUUUCAGAAAUAGCCACUGUUUUUAAUGUGAUGUUGUUACUGUAACAAUCGCUUGCACUUUAUAUAUUGUUAAUAGCAGUGUUUGUUCCUGUUGUCUGUCUUGUCCUGCUGCCUCUCUUGGCCAGGCCAUCCAUGGGAAGGAGGUCUUGAUCUCAGUGGGUCUGUCUGGUUAAAUAAAGGAUUAAUAAUGACAAAUAUGUGGGCUGAUUCUACAUUCGUUUUUCUCUACUGGGUUUGAAGGGGAAGCCAGCAGUAUUUUUAAACAGAUCGCGCAGACUGUCUGUAUGUUUGUGUCAGACAGCUGUCUGGGCGUCCUCCAGCAUGAACUCGUUGGUUUCUGCUGCCGUGCUCGACACUUGCACACAUCUUCUGCAGGGAUCGUGAGGAGGCAGCACCGGGGCUGCUCCCUGCUCUGUAGGCGGGCCCAGUCUGCUGACUAAACGGCUUCCCUCAGCCCAGGAGGACUUGUCCCGUUAGUCGGUGCGCGCCUCGCUCGUCCCGUCCACGGAGAAAGCGGCAGCCCCCUCCACGGACCAGCGGCGCUUUUUGACUCGUCGAUCAUGCGCAGCAGCCAUGUUCUCCAUCUGCUCCUCUGCGCGCUCUGCGUCGGACUGACGGCUCAGACUGAUCUGGAAACAGAUGAGGUGGUUCCCAGGCUGCUGUCCAGGCAGGAGACGUACCUGGCCCAGGACCCCGUCUACAGGCUGCGGCGGCAUCAUCAGGGGCCGAUGGAUUUCUCGAGUAAAGAACAUUCUGAGCCAGAGAACAUCAUUGUGUCGCUGUCUGCUUUUGGGAGGAGUCUGUAUCUGCAUUUAACACGAGACCUCAAAAUGCUUUCAAGAGACUUUAUUGUAGAGGAGAGGCUCAGGAACCAAAGUGUAAUAGUCAGACACGUAUCCAUGAAGCAGCUUUGUUUUUACUCUGGCUUUAUCAUCAACCAUACAGACUCUAUGGCAUCACUGAGCAUCUGUGGCGGUUUGACUGGACUAAUUCAGAUUGGGGAGGACAGCCUGUUCAUCCAGCCUGUGGGUGAACACGAUCCAUCGCAGCCGUUCUCCGGAAUUAAACACCAGCUGCUCCGACACCGGUGCUCAGCGAAGAACAACCCGGGUCAGUGUGCUGGCCAGCCCACCUACUGUGGGACUGUAGAAGGGGAGAAAAAGAAGAGGAGACCUAAACUGGCUGAAGACGAUCGCAGGAAGAGGAACGCCAUGAACUUGCACAGAUCAUACACUUUGGAGACCAUGGUUGUGGCAGACUCUGACAUGGUGCAGUACCAUGGUGCAGAAGUGGCACAAAGAUUCCUGCUUACUAUCAUGAAUAUGGUUAACAACAUGUUUCAGCACAAGAGUCUGGGAGUUAAGGUCCACAUAAGAGUCAGUAAACUGGUGUUGCUUCACACUCGUCCGGAAAAAUUAAAGAUAAGCCACCAUGGACAAAGGUCUCUGGAGAGCUUUUGUCAAUGGCAACAUCAGGAGUUUGGAAUCCCUCGGUACCUUGGUACCAACGGCGUUAUCGGUGGAAGGUAUGACCUCCCACCAGUGGACACUGCUGUGCUGGUCACCAGGACUAACUUCUGUGUUCAUAAAAAUGAACCCUGUGACACUGUCGGUAUUGCUUACCUGGGUGGUGCUUGCAGUGCUAAGAGGAAGUGUGUAUUAGCAGAAGACAAUGGCCUUAACUUGGCCUUCACCAUUGCUCAUGAGCUCGGGCACAACAUGGGAAUGAGCCAUGAUGACGACCAUGCUAACUGCACUAGCCACUCCCACAUUAUGUCUGGCGAAUGGGUGAAAGGCAGAAACCCAAGCAACCUGUCAUGGUCAUCCUGCAGCCGCAGCGACCUGCAGAACUUUCUCAGAUCUGGCGCCAGUAUCUGUCUACGUUACACGGACCCUAGGAGGCGUUACUGGAUCCGCCUGCCUCCCAAGCUUCCAGGGAUGCACUAUAGUGUGGACGAACAGUGCCAGAUCCUCUUUGGAGUCAACGCUACUUUCUGCACAGACAUGGAGCAUCUCAUGUGUGCUGGUCUGUGGUGUUUAGUAGAUGGGGAUCCAUCAUGUAAGACAAAACUAGAUCCUCCUUUGGAAGGAACAGAGUGUGGAACCGACAAGUGGUGCAGAGGAGGACAAUGCGUCAGUAAGGCACCCAUUCCUCAACAUGUGGAUGGAGACUGGAGUCCUUGGAGUCCGUGGAGCGUGUGCAGUCGGACCUGUGGUACUGGAGUCCAGUUCAGACAGAGGAAGUGUGACAACCCGCCGCCUGGUCCAGAUGGACGGCACUGUCCAGAAGCCAGCGUGGAGCACAAGGCUUGUCAAGGCCAGCCAUGUCCCAAAGGGGCCCCAAGUUUCCGAGACCUGCAGUGUCUGUCGUAUGACCAACAUGGCACCAAAAGAAAGGGCAGGCUCCUCACUGCUAUUGUUAAUGAUGAAAAGCCAUGUAUGUUGUUCUGCAGCCCUGUGGGCCACGAUGUCCCGGUCCUGAUGGCUGACAAAGUGAUUGAUGGCACUCCUUGUGGACCAUAUGAGUCUGAUCUCUGUAUUAAAGGGAGCUGUAAGAAAAUAGGCUGUGACGGCAUCAUUGGCUCCUCAGCAAAGGAAGAUGCUUGUGGCGUCUGCAAUGGAAAUGGGGACUCUUGUAAGAUUGUGAAAGGAGACUUCAACCACACCAAGGGAAUGGGCUACAUUGAGGCUGUGGUGAUCCCUGCAGGAGCAUGGAGGAUCAAAGUCAUGGAGGACAAGCCUCUACAGAGUUUUCUGGCUCUUAAAGACUCCAGCAAGAGAUCCAUCAACAGCGACUGGAAGAUUGAACUUCCAGGGGACUUUGAGCUGGCUGGGACCACGGUGCGCUAUGUUAGAAGAGGACUGUGGGAGAAGAUUUCUGCCAAAGGACCCACGAAAACGCCCCUACACCUAAUGGUGCUGCUCUUUCAUGACCAGAGCUAUGGAAUCCACUAUGAGUACACCAUACCUCUGAACACCAGUCAGGACCGGAGCAGUGAGAAACAGACACAACCGGGCUACCUCUACAUCUGGGCUCACAGCAGCUGGCAGAACUGUUCUGUCCAGUGUGGAGGAGGUGAGAGGAGCACAGUGGUUUCCUGUAUGAGGAUAGUCAAUAACAGCAUGGAGGCUGUCAGUGACAACUAUUGUCAUCCUGAGACGCGGCCCCAGGCCAAGGUGCAGCGCUGCAACACUCUGCCCUGCCAGUACAGGUGGGUGACAGGUGAGUGGGGAGCCUGUUCUGUCUCCUGUGGUAAAGGUCUCCAGCAGAGGCAGGUGUCCUGUGUUUACCCCUCACUAAAUGGCUCCCUCGUGCACUCCAAGGACCUGUACUGCCGUGGAGGGAAACCUGGGGUGCAGCAGGGCUGUGAGGGCGACUCCUGCCUUACAACAUGGGAGGCUUCAGAGUGGUCAGAGUGUUCAUCAGACUGCGGUCAGGGUGUUCGCAGAAGGACAGUACUGUGUAAAAGCCCUGAUGGAGCUUGUGAUCCUCUCUCCAAGCCAAGUCAAGAAGAGCCUUGUGGGGACGACCCUAAAUGUUAUGAAUGGAAAUUUGGAGACUGGUCAAAGUGCUCAUCCACAUGUGGAAAGGGUCUGCAGUCCCGGGUGGUCCAGUGUAUGCAUAAAGACACCGGUCGUCAUGGCGACUACUGUCCAUUAAUGCUGAGACCACCAAUUUACCGUUCCUGUUACCGUGAAUCCUGCUUCGACAAAGAUGUCUGAAGAAAGCCUGACCCAUGAGGCUGCACCCUGAUUGGAUGAAUCUUCUUAGCUCUGAAGCCACACAGCUGAUCGGGGAGAGAAGAAGCUCCACAACAGCUGCUUGGAUGCAAAGUCAGGUCCUUUCAGCUGAGAAGCAACGAGGCCUGUACAGGAGGUCAGUCCUACCCGCUGUAACAGGAGAGAGGACCCUUUCUUUAAGAUCAAUUGCACACUAUGUAUGUUUCAUUUAAACAUAUCAUUGAUUUUUUUUAUUAUAGUAAAUGUUUAAGUUUGCAGCGUUAAACUAUAAUGUGAAGCACAGCACCUACAUUUAUAUGGGCAAAGAAGUCUUGAAUUUUAAAGAAAUCAUAAAUGUGCAAAUCAAAGAAUACCAAACUGUAAAUUUUGGUGCCUUUCUUCCACUAUGUUCAUAUUUCAUUUUAACUGCUCUCUAGUUUAAAGAAGUGGUCUUGGUGGAUUUUAUGCUCCUUUUUUAAUGCAUACAUUUGUGUGGUAGAGUUGAGUAUUAUUUGUCUUUUUGAAGUACUGGUGCUAUAACAAGACGUUUGGCAGAGAACGGAUACCCAAACUCUGCCUUAACGCAUCUAUAAAGUGAUCUUCUGCUACAGUGAAGAAGCUUCUCUGCCAGUGCUGCUGUAACCCUGUACUAUACCUAUAUUACCAACACUUCCAUUAAAUGACUUUGUCUUAGAUAUACAAAUGACUUAAUCCACAUAGUCAAGACCAAGUUGGGUAAUUUCACACAACCGGAUCCAUUUUGCUCUGGUUUUAUACCAGUUUAUCAUGUUAUUAAAUUACAAACAUCAAAUUGCUAGUGCUGUAGGAAAUAUUAAAAGACAGCGUCUGUAUGAGAGCAUAGAGACAUUAUGAGUUAAAGUCCUAUUCUGACUGAAGCAUGACUCCAUCAUGAUCGAGAGUCUCGGUAAUAGCUGCAUGUCACAAUGUUUAGUUAACUCAGCCGGCAGCUACUUGUUGCUUGUGGGAAUGACCUUCUUUUUUUUUUACAUUAGGAUUUAAAAAAUAUGUGUUGGUCUAUUUCUAAAUUGCGUAACUUAAACCCUAACCACUACUAUAAAACGUUUCCCGUUCAAUUUAAUCUGUAUUAUCAGUAAAGUGGGACAUUAACUCUAUGACAUAUUUCUAUAAAAUAAUUUUCAACAACAUUAGAUGUUUGUAAAGCAUAUUUUUAAUUUCUGUCAAAUGGAAAUAGAAAAAUCUGAAUCCAUGCAUUAAGUAAGAAUGCUGUAAAGCUAAUGGCCUGGCUGUAGAGGGCAAUAAUUACAUGGAAGGUUAACUCCUGAACCAGCUGCUGCCCGUUUGUCCUUCAGGUUUAUGAAAGCAGUUUCAAUUUGUCUUCCCUGAAAACUCAAAAAACCUUACAAAAAGAUGAACAGUGGAAAUGCAGAAAAUUUCUAUUUUGGAAAUUAAUUGAUCUCCUUUAAUUGACAAAACUAAAUAGAAGGUCAGAUUUAGAAUGGAGCUGGAUUCUAGUUUCAUAAUUUUAGUUUGACCAAUUUGUUUCCUAACAAACCCCCAACACUCAAGUUUCCAGAUGUAGCAGGGCAAGGAUCCCAUCAUAGUAGAGAAGUCCUCACUUGGAUGAAGCUCACGUUUCACUGUGCAUUCCACCAUGACACGCCUUCUCAUUGUCUGUUCAGAUAACGUUGCUUUUGUCCUGGCUGUGUUUGUCUUGAUAAUAUUUCUAAAACUUGUACUGUAACAAAAUGAUAAUGCAAUCAUCACAUCUGAGAACUUGACAUAAAAAUAAAAGAUUUUUUUUGCAACAA